AUGGCUAUUCAAGCGCAGCAGUAUCCGGAGAAUCUGGGUUUUACUUUGUGCGGUAUCCAAGAAACAAUGAAUUCCAGUGGUGGGUUUUAUGAUUUAUAUCUCAAUCUUCAGCAGCAAGAACGGAUGCAGCAGUUACAGAAUAUCAAUCUAUUGAGAAAUUACAAUCUGGGUUUUGAAAACAAUCCCCUGGUAUCUUCUUCUUCUUCUUCUUCAUCUCAAAGUAACCCUCUGUCAAUGGCGUUUUCUGAGUCUUUAGCUGCUGAUAUUGAUAAGCAAGCAUUGGAGAUUGAUCGGUAUAUUCUAUUACAGAAUGAGAGACUCAGAUUAACUCUGCAAGAGCAAAGGAAACAUCAAAUGGCUAUCCUUUUUAGGAUGAUGGAAUCAAAGACGGUGAGCUUACUGAGACAGAAGGACGAAGACAUUGCAAGAGCGGCUAAAAGAACAAUGGAGUUGGAAGAAUGCUUGAAAAGGGCGGAGAUGGAGAACCAAGCUUGGCAGAGAGUCACCAAAGAGAAAGAAUCCAUGGUUAUGGCCCUCAACAACACUUUAGAACAGGUCAAAGAGAACAAUUGUUACUUUCUAUCAGCAGGAGCAGAGGAAUCAGAGUCUUGUUGCGACAUCUCUCAGGCACAUUACAGAGAUGAGAAAGAAGAAGAAGAAAAGGAACCAAUGAGGAAGAUGGCUUGCAAGGCCUGCAAUUUUCGAAGAUCGUGCGUUCUUUUCCUUCCUUGCAGGCAUCUCUGUUCGUGCAAGUCUUGUGUAACCGUCCUUGAUUCUUGCCCUGUCUGUAAUUCUCCAAAAAAGGCAAGCAUGGAGGUCUUAAUGUUGUAGAGAAAAGCAAAAAUAGAGAAAUUAAAAUCUUUUUCUUUCUUUCUU